AUGUUUUUGGUGAGGGCAUGGAGAAAUUGGAAGGAAGGAGUAGCUUUGAAUCUUGUGGACAAAUUUUUGAUGACAAUGUCGAGUUAUUCAUCGAAUAUGAUCUUGAGAUGCAUAAACAUUGGUCUUCUUUGUGUCCAAGAGAAAGUUGCAAAGAGGCCAAACAUGGCUUCGGUUCUUUUGAUGUUAGAUGGACAUGCUAUUGCUCUUUCAAAGCCUGCAUUUUUCUCACACAACAACACGGUAUCGGAUAAUUCUUCUUCUUUAGGACAUGAUGCAAUAACUUCAAAUUAUAAUUCCAAUACUGAAUUGUAUCCUCGGUGA